AUGGCUUACGCUUCGCUGACCGAGGCUCCGCGCAACGUCAAGGAGGGUAUCGACUGGCUGAUAGCCCUGAAGGGAGAUGACGCCGGGCGAAAUCUGACUUCUAUGGGACUUGCUAUCUACAAUUUGCUGACGCACAAGCCUGUUGGCAACUUGAACAAGCCAGCUCCUGAGAAGGUUGAAGAGGGUUCCGAGGAAGUCGAGGGUCAGAGUGGCCAGGAAUCCGUGCAGAGCCUACGGGAAAUGAGCACCAGGGCUUUGGCUGAGAAUCUCGCGAAACUCAGUAACAACGAGCGACUUGCGGUAAGAAUCAUCGCGCUGAAGUUGAGUCACGUUAUUUUGGCCUGUCAGCAGUUCCUGGAUGACGUCAAAGAUGGUGACCGGUACGUGUCUGCAUACGGUCCAGAAGCCACCUGGGAUGUGUCGUGCGCAGAGAAUCCCGAAGAAUGCGUGUCGGUUUUCGUCGAUGUCGCGCCAAUGUUGCACGGAGGGCUGAAGGCCUUGAGGAAGGCGAGCGAUGGUAAAAUACUGGGAAUCCCAAGUGCUGAGGAUACUGAGCGCGUGCAGGAGAUUAUGAAGGCCUUCGGUUACAACGAGUCAGAAGAGCGCGCCGAGAUGACUGCUACGCAUGUCUCCGAGGCCUUGAGGGGCGUGAAGAAAAUAUUUGGAACACUACACGACAUUGCUAUAUUGUGCGCUCUGUGA